ACAAGCAAGUUAGAUGCUACUCUUUGUGAAGCAAGGUGGUGGACUUAGCACUCAGCAAUGCAAGUCUUCAACAACUCUUAUCUCUUCACUUUUCCUAAACCUCCCUUAAACCCUCUCUCUCCCCUUUUCCACCAUCACCGUCGUUCUCUUCCCUUAAUCCUCCGCAAACUGCCACUCACCACCGUCGCCAAAUCCUUUAGCUCCGAUGAGUUCCCCGUUGACGAGACCUUCGUCCAAACCUUCGGUCCCAAAAGCAAGGAAACCGAAGAGGAAGCUCGAAGACGCAACUGGAUCGAACGAGGCUGGGCUCCGUGGGAAGAAAUCCUCACUCCCGAAGCCGAUUUCGCGCGCAAGAGUCUGAACGAAGGCGAAGAAGUUCCUCUAAGUUCACCGGAAGCCAUAGAAGCUUUCAAAAUGCUGAACCCUAGGUACCGUAAGAAGAAGAUGGAGGAGAUGGGAUUGACGGAAGAGGAGUACCUUGCUAAGCAGUUUGAGAUAAAGGGAGAGAUUCCGGAGCCGUUGGAGACUAAGUGGGCGGGACCGCUGGUGGUGCGGUUAGUUCCGCCGCGCGAUUGGCCUCCGCGAGGGUGGGAGGUUGAUCGGAAAGAACUUGCGUUUAUUCGAGAAGCGCAUAAGUUGCAGGCGAAGAGGGUGAGGUUGGAGGAUAUAGAAAAUGGAGUUAGAACUGAAACAGAUGAUGUGUGCUUAGAUAGGUAUAAGGUGUUUCUGAAACAGUACAAGGAGUGGGUGGACGCUAACAAGGAUUUAUUGGAAGAGGAAUCUUAUAAGAUAGAUCAAGAUUAUUACCCUGGUAGGAGGAAAAGAGGCAAGGACUACAAGGAAGGCAUGUACGAACUGCCGUUCUAUUAUCCUGGCCAAAUUUGUGUGGGAAAGGUGACAACUUUGCAUCUUUACCAAGGGGCAUUUGUUGACAUUGGCGGUGUAUAUGAUGGGUGGGUUCCAAUAAAGAAUAAUGAUUGGUUUUGGAUUCGUCAUCAUAUAAGAGUGGGUAUGCAAGUCAUUGUUGAAAUUACGGCAAAGCGGGAUCCUUAUCGCUUCCGGUUCCCAAUCGAACUGCGUUUUGUCGAUCCAAAUAUAGAUCAUCUGAUCUUUAACAGAUUUGACUGCCCACCAAUAUUUCACCGCGAGGAAGAUACAAAUCCAGAUGAAUUGCGGCGUGACUGUGGAAGACCUCCCAUUCCUAGAAAAGAUCCAGGAGACAAGCCAGCAGAAGAACCUUUAUUUUCCAAUCACCCAUAUGUUGAUAAGUUGUGGCAGAUUAAUGUAGCUGAGCAAAUGAUUUUGACUGAUAUGGAUGUUAAUCCUGAUAAAUAUAAAGGCAAAAAGCUGUCAGACUUGGUUGACGAAGAUGAUUUUGAUGAAGAAAAAUCAGUUCAGCAUACAAAAGUUCAGUAUAAGAAUGCAUUACUGCCAAAAGUAACUCUGAAAACAAGUGUCAAAGAGCUUGACUUAGAGGCUGCACUUGCUGAGCGUGAGCUCCAUAAGAAACUAUGGAAUGAAGCAAAGGACAGAGGUGAGGAAUAUGAAAUUACCACAUUGAGGCGCAAUAUUGAGAUGGAUGAAUAUGAUUUCAUGCAUUGGCGUAGAUCAUUUGAAGAAAGAGAAGCAUUGCUUAGAGACAUCAGCUGUCGCAAAACACUUGGUCUGCCGUUGGAAGAGCCAGGCAGGUAUGUUGAUGCUAGUUUUUUUGGUAAAGACCAGUAUGAUCCUACAAGUCCUCUGUAUCGAUAUGACUAUUGGGGGGAACCCAAGAAUUCAGAAAAGAGCAGGAAAGAGCGGGUGACAGAUACCCAUAACAAAUCCAUUGUGGGCAAAGGCACUGUUUGGUGUGAAAUGCCGUAUGAAGAUUGCGCCAAACAACAGCCUGCGGGGCUACGGGACAAAGAAGUCGACGAUGAAGGUGUUGAAGAAGAGGAUGAUGAUGAUGAUGACGACGACGACUUUGACUUCAGCAUUCUGAGCAAUCUUGGUAAUAAUAUAUCGGAUCAACUUCAUGUUAACGGGACCGAGUCAUCUAGAAUAUCAGAUGAAGGCGUGUUUGGGGAUUAAUGCCACGAUGCAUAAUUGAGUAGCUUAAGUAAAAUGUGUACAGUUAGGCUGAGAAAUGUGCAUAAAUUUUGCAGUGUAGAAUAACACUACGGCAGUUUAGUUUAUUUUAUUCUUAAUGUUUUAACAGAGAAUUUCACAUAUGAUAUUACAUUUUCCACGAAAGGAAAUUUCGUAAAUGUUCACAGAA